AGAAAAUUUCUUUCCCUGUAUGUGAUGUCACAACAUACAUGUGACGCGUCACCACUCAAGUGUGACGUCACACAAAUGUCACAUUUGAUUCCUUUGAUGCUGCCCCUUUAGUGUGCCAACAUUCGAAAAGAGAAACACUGCACCACUUACGGAAAUUGGCUAUAGUGAAACAUUAUGACAUCUUCGGCAGCAAAUAGUUUAAACACGUCUCUGAGCUGUUCCGAGGCGCCAGACACGUCGCACCGCCUCUCCAUGGCAGCGGCUGCAGACACAGUCGAUCCGCAGUCCAAGUCCCUGCGAAGUGUCCACAAGCGGGAGGGCUGCGGCUGCAGUACCUGUCACGAGCUCCUGCAGAAGCUGGCAGAGUCUGAGCACCUGACGCAGCUGCUGCAGACAGAGAUCCAGAGUCUGUUGGCAACUGUGCAGGACCUGCGGAGGAGGGAGAACUGUCUGAGACACCACAAUACGCACACGGAGUUCCUCCUGCUCGACAGCGAGGCCGAGAUUAAAAAUGUGCACGCCGUCAUUCAUGUCCUGCGGGAGAACGAGAAAGGCAUAAAUAGCACGGUGACGCAGCUCGCCGCUGAGGUGGAGCUCCUUGAAAACCAGGACAAGAGAAACCAGGGGGAGAUACGAACUCUGAGAGCAAACUGCGACGAGGUCACGGAGAAGCUGACCCGCAUGGAGUCUCUCAUGGAGAAGAAAGAGGCGCAGCUCAAGAAGUUGACUCGGGCGCGGCACGAUCGCCAGGAACAUGUCGACUUUCUGAGUGAGCACAAUCACAAGGUCGUGGCCGAGCUGGUCCGACUCGAGUCUCUGAGGGAGAAACAAAAGAACGACCACCAAGACCUGAGGACGUCGGCGGAAAAUUGUCAGCACCAACUGGAGAACGCCGAGUCGCUCAUCCUGAUCAGGGAAGAGCUGAUAACAAAGCUUCGGAGGGAAAUUGCCUACAAUCGGCAAACUAUAGAGGAGUAUGCUAUAAUCACAGGGGAUUUGAAAAAAUCAGUCCGCGAACUGAAGGCCCAACUGGAGAGGAGGGAGGAGGAGCACACCCUGGCCGGCAUAGGUCGUCUCGGAGAGACGUCGUGGAACGCGGAGUGUCGCGCGGCUCGGGUUCCGCUGCAGGAGCCUCCGGCUCCGCAGAAGCCUCCUGCAGCAGAAGCCCGUUGGCGUCACUGCCGCAAGUGGUCGCUCAAGGUGGCUUUGUGCACCACUGGCAUCGCCGUCUGCAUCCUCGCUCCUGCUAUCUUGGCUUCCGGCCUGUCUUGCAACUGCGACAUUGUCUACGAGCUGACACACGCAGUCUGCCGCAGCCUGUAGUUCCCCAACCAAACAGGACGGACCAGAGACAGGGGCCAGUGCGGCCGGAGGCUGCCUAGAUCGGUGGCAGAUUCCAAGCUCGCAGUGUUCAACGAGGUGACCAAACCAAAAAAUAUUUUGGAAGAUUCAUUUUGCAUUUAUUAAUCGGCGGUGUAGCGCUUGGCGCUGUCGCCUCACAGCAAGAAGGUUCUCUCUGGGUUCUUUCCUUCCACAGACCAGAGACGUGCAGAUUGGGCUGAUUGGAGACUCUAAGUUCACCGUGGGUGUGAAUCUGAGAGUGAAUGGUUGCGUGUCUGUAUGUUGACCCCGACAUACGCUGGUGACCUGUCCAUGGUGAACCCCGCCCUCCCGCCCAAUGUCAGCCGGGAUUGACUCCAGCUCCCCCGCGACCCUUAACGGAUAAAGCGGUACAGAUAAUGGAUGGAUGGAUGGAUGGAAAAGCAUAAAGGUCUGGAUGUAAUUGAAAAAAACUGAGGUCAUUGUACUUGGCCCUGUGCUCCAGCCAGAGCCGUCACUCGUAGCCUAAGUUCCACCCACAUAAAAAGUGGGAGGGGCCACAACGACCCAGAACUGAAGCAUGUUUGUUUUCAAAAGCAUAUUUGAAUAAUUUAUUCAGUUUAUUUCAAUGCUCCUGAUAUAAGCAACAGUUACCAUGUAGUUGUUUAGUCACAAUCACAGUUCAUGGGUGAAAAAAUGUAAAGCAAUAUUAGACUUGUAUUUUUCUGAAUGUAACUGAAAGGAGAAUGACUUGAAGUAUCCAAAUGAUACAUUACAUUACAUUCAUUUCGCUGACGCCUUCGUCCAAAGCGACUUACAACAAGUGUAAACCGUGACGAUAUUACCCAAAAAGUGUAAGAAUCAAGAGAGAUCAUGAACAUUUAUCAAACAGUGGAAAAAAACAGCUUCUAAUGCUCAUUUCAGAUUUUUUUUUAAAUUUAAUUUAAUUAAAAUUCACUAAGGACUGAGCUGCAAGCUGAACAGGUGAGUUUUCAGGUGAGGGGAGCGGUGUAAGGUGGGAGAAUUUUGCAAGGUCGAAGAUCAACCGGGCCGCCGCACUGUGGAGGAGCCGCAGAGGUCGAGCGGCACAUGUCGGCAGACGAGCUAGGACGGAGUUGCAGUGGUCCGAGAUGUGAGAUGUCAAGAGCCUGCACCAAGACCUGCGUCGCCUGCUCGGUGAGGAACGGACGUGUCCUCCUGACGUUGUGGAGGACGAAUCUGCAGGAGCUGGUGGUCACUGUGAUGUUGGUCGCGAAGGACAGACGGUCGUCCGGUGCCGCAUCCGGAUUCCUUGCAGCCGUAGCAGGGGUCACCACAGAGUUGUCAAGGGGCGAUGGAGAGGUCCUUGCUGGGAGGAAGAGCAUCUCAGACUUGUCCAGACUGAGCUUGGGGCGGUGCGUCGACGUCCACCGAGGGAAUGGCAGCUGGACAUGCAGAGAUUCGUGCGGCCACCUGGGUUUCAGAUUGUGGAAAAGGACCAAACGAGUUGGGUGUCAUCUGCGUAGCUGUAGUAGGAAAUGCCGUGUGAGUGACUAACAGAGCCUAAUGACCUGGUGUACCACGAGGAGAGGAGGGUGGUUUUAAGACUUCCCCUUUAGAAAAUGUUCUAAUCGUCCUGUGAAACUGACUGGGCUGUUUGAGAGGAGAUAUUCACAAGCAAUAUGAGUCGCACCUUGGUGGCGACAGAAACACUUCUGUCCAGGUGAAGUUAUUUCACACAUCCGAUUCCUCGUACCCUCAUGUGGGACAUCGGGGCUUGACCACCGACCGCUUGUCUGACUGAGCGAAAGGACAAAAUGAUGCUUCGCAGUGAUCUGUUGAAAUCCUUCAUUAUUAUGGAAUUACAUUCGCAGUGUUAAGUGAAUGUUUGAGUGGAGUGGUUUUGGAAAUUUUACUGUAUUUAUUUUCAAUUGAUAUUUUGAUUCAUUUUUUGAUUGGACAGUUUUAUGUUUGUCAUGGUUACAUAUAGUUUAGUUUACCUCAUUACAGCUGCACAUUGUGGAGAGACAACAAAAACAAUUUACAAUAUUUAAUAAUGAUACCAAGAGCAAAGACUAACGAGACAAGGAGUGUGUGUGUGUGUGUGUGUGUGUGUGUGUGUGUGUGUGUGUGUGUGUGUGUGUGUGUGUGUGUGUGUGUGUGUGUGUGUGUGUGUGUGUGUGUGUGUGUGUGUAUGUGCUUGCUUUUUUUUAUUUAUUUCUGUGUUCAGAUGAUUCAAGUGACAACAGUUAUCAUGCUGAUAUUUGUGUACAGUGAGUUGAUUUAUCACUUUAAGUUUGUAUUUGUAUCAGAGGGGCGAUCAGUAGAGAAAAGAGAGGAAAUGGAUUUGUUCAUUUUGAGUAACGUGGGAAAGAAAGUUUCUGUUCAGAGACUGAAGUCUUCUGCUCUACAGAACAAACUGUACCAUCAAAAAGAAAAUAAAUGCAUAAACUCUGA